UUCUCAACAGCACAUUCAUCCGUCUCUCUCUUUCUCUCUCUGCAAUUGGAGUCCUUUAUUUCGGUCUCAUCGCACGUCUCCUUUCCAUUUUUUUUUCUCACGUUCAAAGAUCCUAACCAGAUACUACAUACUAGAAAAUCAUGUCAUCCAUCUGUCGUAAGAAAAAAAAGAGCGCCUUGACCAUGUCGUCGUCCUUUUUUUAUUUCUUUGUCAGAUCCAAUGCUUGCUUGCUAACAAUGUAUACUAUGACUCGUCUUGUCUGUCUGUCUCCCUGUCUGUCUGUCUGUCUUUUUUUUUUCUAAUUCGGAUCGGACCCCGUAAACAACAGGUUCAUCACAAUCUACACGAUUGCCGCUACGACACUUUGCUUCGACAGCGACAUCCCGUCCUUACUCUGUCACAGCAUUCAGGCGAACCUUGACAAAUGUAUCACCAUCAUCAUCAGCAGUAGGGCCAGGAGCAAUCACAGGAGCAGGAGCAGUGACGGGACGAUUCAUGACUCGGAUGGUGGUUAGGACACUGCAUCAACAGCAACAGCAACAACAGCUGGGCCGUGUCCUUCCAGGUUUUCGAUCCACCCUGUCAUGGACGCCUUUGUCUGUCAGUUCCUCUGAAUCCUCGGGAUCCUUGUCAAAGAAUCGACAGUACCAGCAGCAAAUCCGAGGCAUCCGAUCUGUCGGAAAGUCUCAGGGUCGAGUGAUGAUCCUGGGAUCGGGAUGGGGCGGGUUCAGGCUGUUGCGCGACAUGGACAAAAGUUCCUACCAGAUCGUUGCGGUCUCUCCCAGGAACCACUUCCUUUUCACGCCGCUGCUGGCGAGCACGUCGGUCGGCACGCUCGAGUUCCGGUGCAUCACCGAGCCCGUGCGCGGAUACACUGGCAAGGUCGAAUACCACCAAGCCUGGUGUGACAACAUCGACUUUGAACAGUCCAAGGUCGAUUGCACCCUCAAUCUGUCCAAGGUCCCUGUGACGCAAGUUCGAGAUUCCUCCGGCAAGGCACACGCGGUCCACCCUCCGAACAACGUUCGUCUGGAUUAUGAUCAUCUCAUCAUCACCGUGGGCUCGUAUUCGAACACGUUCAAUAUCCCUGGGGUGAAAGAACACGCCUUCUUUCUGAAGGAGGUCGCAGACGCCCGCAAGAUCCGAUCCCGGGUGCUGGAGUGUUUUGAGAGGGCCGAGAUGUUGAACUCGGACGAGGAGCGGAAUGGGCUGUUGCAUUUCGCAGUCGUCGGUGGAGGCCCGACGGGGGUCGAGUUCUCGUCGGAGCUGCAUGAUUUCAUCCGAGAGGAUUGCUCGAGGUUGUUUCCGAGGCUGAUGAACCAUGUGACCCUGGCCGUGUACGAUGUCGCGCCGACCAUCCUGGCGAGCUUUGACAAGUCGCUGUCCGAGUACUGUAUGAAAAAGUUCAAGCGGUCAGGGAUCGAGGUUAGGACGGGUACGGUGGUGGAGAGGGUCGAGGAUGGCAAGUUGGUGCUGAAAGACGGGAAGGAGAUUCCAUUUGGGUGUCUGGUUUGGUCCACGGGUUUGACAGAGAACCCGCUGACGGAGGCGUUGGAGGGGAGGGUACAAAAGACGAAGAAUCGGAGGAUCUUGACGGAUCAGUAUCUGAGGGUCCUGGAUGCGGAGGGAAAGACCAUCCCGAACGUGUAUGCACUCGGAGAUUGCGCUACCAUCAAAGAUCAUGAACUGCCACAGACGGCUCAAGUAGCGAACCAGCAAGCGAUCUGGUUGCGGAAGGCAUUGAACAAACUGGCGAAGCAGCCCGAGAGAUCACUCACGGAUGUAACGGGACCCUUUACAUUCAAGAACCUGGGAUCGAUGGCCUAUAUCGGCAACUGGGAGGCCGUUGUGGACAUGACGGAGAUCAACGACAAGGCCAAGGAGGGCGGUAAAUUAGCAUGGGUGUUCUGGCGAUCGUCUUAUCUGACGAUGAGCGUGUCGUUGAGGAACAAGAUGAUUAUUCCAGUGUACUGGUUCAUGACUUGGGUGUUCGGGCGCGAUGUGAGUUCGUUCCAGGAGUACGACCGAAGGAAGCGGCUCAUGAACGCUGAGCGCGACGGGUAGAGGGAGACCAUUAGGGCGCUACGGGUCGACGCCGAGACGGCAAAAGAAACUCAUUUCACGUAUUAAAAAAGAAAAGAUGAACCCUUAA